CAUCAUAUAUAUUUCAUCUCUUACUGUCAUUCUUUCAAGAGAAAAUCCAAAGCGAAAUUCAGAAAGAAAUUUCCCAGUGUCAUCUUAAAUCGUGCGCUCCAUUUAUUCUCCUUAAUUUCCCGAUCGUUUGAUCUGAAAGUGAUGGCGGACGUGCAUAUGGGAUCAGAGUCGGAGACCUUCGCAUUCCAGGCGGAGAUCAACCAGCUCUUGAGCUUGAUCAUCAACACUUUCUACAGUAACAAAGAGAUCUUCCUUCGUGAGCUCAUCAGCAAUGCUUCUGAUGCAUUGGAUAAGAUUAGAUUUGAGGGCUUAACAGACAAGAGCAAGCUUGAUGCUCAGCCGGAACUCUUUAUCAGAAUCAUACCUGAUAAAGCAAAUAAAACUCUCUCUAUUGUCGAUAGUGGUGUUGGCAUGACCAAAGCGGAUUUGGUGAAUAAUUUGGGGACAAUUGCAAGGUCUGGAACAAAGGAGUUCAUGGAGGCAUUGCAGGCGGGAGCUGAUGUCAGCAUGAUUGGUCAGUUUGGGGUAGGGUUUUACUCGGCUUACCUGGUAGCAGAGAAGGUGAUUGUCACAACAAAGCACAAUGAUGAUGAGCAAUAUAUUUGGGAGUCUCAGGCUGGUGGGUCUUUUACUGUCACCCGGGAUUUGGGUGGUGAACCUCUCGGUAGAGGCACUAAGAUUACCCUCUUCCUUAAAGAAGAUCAGUUGGAGUACUUGGAGGAGAGGAGGAUAAAGGAUCUUGUGAAGAAGCAUUCGGAGUUUAUCAGCUAUCCAAUUUACCUAUGGACUGAGAAGACAAUUGAGAAGGAGGUCAGUGAUGAUGAAGAUGAGGAGACGAAGAAGGAAGAGGAAGGGGAUGUGGAGGAGGUAGACGAGGACAAAGAAAAGAAGUCGAAGAAGAAGAAGGUUAAGGAGGUGAGCCAUGAGUGGCAACUUAUUAACAAGCAGAAACCAAUUUGGUUGAGAAAGCCGGAGGAGAUUACAAAGGAGGAAUAUGCCUCGUUCUAUAAAAGUAUCACAAACGAUUGGGAGGACCACCUUGCCGUGAAGCACUUUUCUGUCGAGGGACAGCUAGAGUUUAAGGCUAUCCUCUUUGUACCUAGGAGAGCCCCGUUUGAUCUUUUUGACACAAGGAAGAAGUUGAACAAUAUUAAGCUCUACGUUAGGAGGGUGUUUAUCAUGGACAACUGUGAAGAACUCAUUCCUGAAUACCUGUCUUUUGUCAAAGGCGUUGUGGAUUCUGAUGAUCUUCCUUUGAAUAUCUCCCGUGAAAUGCUGCAGCAGAACAAGAUUCUUAAAGUCAUUCGAAAGAAUCUGGUGAAGAAAUGCAUUGAAAUGUUCUUUGAGAUUGCUGAAAACAAAGAUGACUACAAGAAGUUCUACGACGCUUUCUCCAAGAACAUCAAGCUGGGUAUUCAUGAAGAUAGCCAAAACAGGGCCAAGCUUGCUGACUUGCUAAGGUACUAUUCUACGAAGAGUGGUGACGAGAUGACCAGCUUAAAGGACUACGUUACUAGGAUGAAGGAAGGUCAGAAAGAUAUCUACUACAUUACUGGUGAAAGCAAGAAAGCAGUUGAGAACUCACCUUUCCUUGAGAGACUCAAGAAAAAAGGGUACGAAGUGCUGUUCAUGGUCGAUGCUAUUGACGAGUAUGCUGUCGGGCAAUUGAAGGAGUACGACGGAAAGAAACUGGUCUCCGCAACUAAAGAAGGGCUAAAGCUCGAUGAGGAGUCGGAAGAUGAGAAGAAGAAAAGAGAAGAGAAGAAGAAGUCGUUUGAGAACCUUUGUAAGACGAUUAAAGAGAUUCUAGGAGACAAGGUUGAGAAGGUGGUUGUGUCUGAUAGGAUUGUCGACUCUCCCUGCUGCUUGGUCACAGGAGAAUACGGAUGGACGGCCAAUAUGGAGAGGAUCAUGAAAGCCCAGGCUCUGAGAGAUAACAGCAUGAGCGCUUACAUGUCGAGCAAGAAAACAAUGGAAAUCAACCCAGACAAUGGCAUAAUGGAGGCGCUAAGGAAGAGAGCAGAAGUUGACAAAAAUGACAAAUCAGUCAAGGACUUGGUACUUCUACUAUACGAGACUGCUCUUUUGACUUCUGGAUUCAGCCUGGAUGAUCCCAACACAUUUGCAGGAAGAAUUCACAGAAUGUUGAAGUUGGGUUUGAGCAUUGAUGAGGAUGAAACUGCUGUUGACGACGUUGACAUGCCAUCUUUGGAGGAAGAGACCAACGAGGAAAGCAAGAUGGAAGAGGUCGAUUGAGUAGUUAAAUGCAAAAAAAAACAUAUAUAGUCGGUAAAUAUGCGUGUCCAAUAGUUUUAUGUUUGGAGUGUAAGUUUAUCGGUGGUCAUUGUGGGGGGUUUGUCUUGUCGCCACUUACCGUGUUACCUUGGUGAUGUUACUAGCUAGUUUUGUAUUGGUGGGUAUAUACAUGCAAAAUCUCAAUUUCCAAUACGAAGUUAUGUUUGGCUUCCUUUUUUUCUUACCA